GAGGGUGAUGUCACCUGCGAGUUGGUAACCUACGAGCGGCUGUGAAGGAAACUGUUUAACCGGAUCCCAUUGUACCCGGAGCGCAGAGCCGCCUUUCCAGCAUGCAGGGGCUGCUCAGUGGAACAGCAAGUUCAAGGAUGGAAGUGGAUGUCUAUGUGUUGUUCGAAGUUCCAGACAUCAGCAUUGGGAGCGAACCUGUGGCCCUGAAUCUCAAGAGCACAGCUAUUACCUUAUGUUUCCUUCUGUUUCUUGCCAUGGUGCUCUACGUGAAGGGAACAUGGAAGUUGCUGGCAAACUGACUUGUCUGAAGCAAGGGCUUGGCUACUAAAGAUGAGAGUUUAGUCACAUCAAGAAAUAGCACAGAAUCCAGCCAUGGCCCCAAGGAAGAGGAGUGGACGGGGGAUUUCAUUCAUCUUUUGCUGUUUCCGAAAUAAUGACCACCCAGAAAUCACAUAUCGGCUGCGAAACGAUAGCAACUUCGCACUUCAGACCAUGGAGCCAGCAUUGCCCAUGCCCCCUGUGGAAGAAUUGGACGUCAUGUUCAGUGAACUUGUGGAUGAACUUGACCUCACAGACAAACACAGGGAAGCCAUGUUUGCACUUCCAGCAGAGAAAAAAUGGCAAAUUUACUGUAGCAAGAAAAAGGACCAGGAAGAGAACAAGGGAGCUACAAGUUGGCCUGAAUUCUAUAUCGAUCAACUCAAUUCCAUGGCUGCUAGAAAAUCUCUGCUGGCAUUAGAGAAGGAAGAAGAAGAAGAAAGGAGUAAAACUAUAGAGAGCUUGAAGACAGCACUAAGGACAAAACCAAUGAGGUUUGUAACCAGAUUCAUUGACUUGGAUGGCCUGUCAUGUAUUCUCAACUUUCUCAAGACCAUGGACUACGAGACCUCGGAGUCUCGGAUACAUACCUCGCUCAUUGGAUGUAUAAAGGCGCUAAUGAACAACUCUCAAGGUCGGGCUCACGUCCUGGCUCAUUCUGAGAGUAUUAAUGUAAUUGCUCAGAGUCUGAGCACAGAGAACAUUAAAACAAAGGUGGCCGUGCUGGAAAUCUUGGGCGCCGUGUGCCUGGUUCCCGGGGGCCACAAGAAGGUUCUGCAGGCCAUGCUGCACUACCAGAAGUAUGCCAGCGAAAGAACCCGCUUUCAGACAUUAAUUAACGACUUGGAUAAAAGCACUGGGCGUUAUCGGGAUGAAGUGAGUCUCAAGACGGCUAUCAUGUCCUUCAUCAAUGCAGUGCUAAGCCAAGGCGCAGGAGUGGAGAGUUUGGACUUCAGACUUCAUCUUCGUUAUGAAUUUCUUAUGUUAGGAAUUCAACCUGUCAUAGAUAAAUUAAGGGAACAUGAAAAUUCAACAUUGGAUAGGCAUUUAGAUUUUUUCGAAAUGCUCCGCAAUGAAGAUGAACUAGAAUUUGCCAAACGAUUUGAACUGGUUCACAUUGACACAAAAAGUGCAACUCAGAUGUUUGAGCUGACCAGGAAGAGGUUGACUCACAGUGAAGCUUAUCCUCACUUCAUGUCCAUCCUACACCACUGCCUCCAGAUGCCUUAUAAGAGGAGUGGAAACACCGUUCAGUACUGGUUACUACUAGACAGAAUUAUACAGCAAAUAGUUAUCCAAAACGACAAAGGACAGGAUCCUGAUUCCACACCUUUGGAAAACUUUAAUAUUAAGAAUGUUGUACGAAUGUUGGUUAAUGAAAACGAAGUUAAGCAGUGGAAAGAACAAGCAGAAAAAAUGAGAAAAGAGCACAAUGAGCUACAACAGAAAUUGGAAAAAAAAGAAAGAGAAUGUGAUGCCAAGACCCAAGAGAAGGAAGAGAUGAUGCAGACGUUAAAUAAAAUGAAAGAGAAACUUGAAAAGGAGACAACUGAGCAUAAGCAAGUCAAGCAGCAGGUGGCGGAUCUCACGGCGCAGCUCCAGGAGCUCAACAGGAGGGCUGUGUGUGCUUCAGUUCCAGGAGGCCCCUCGCCUGGAGCCCCAGGGGGACCCUUUCCUUCCUCUGUUCCUGGGUCUCUCCUUCCACCCCCACCACCCCCACCUCACCUGGGGGGAAUGAUUCCUCCCCCACCACCUCCCCCACCUCCAGGUGGCCCUCCUCCACCCCCAGGGCCUCCUCCCUUAGGGGGAAUCAUGCCACCUCCUGGUGCUCCAAUGGGUCUGGCACUCAAGAAGAAAAACAUUCCUCAGCCUGCAAAUGCCCUGAAAUCCUUCAACUGGUCUAAGUUGCCCGAGAACAAACUGGACGGAACAGUUUGGACGGAAAUUGAUGAUACAAAAGUCUUCAAAAUUCUAGAUCUUGAGGACCUGGAAAGAACUUUCUCUGCCUACCAAAGACAGCAGAAAGAAGCAGAUGCCAUUGAUGACACACUGAGUUCCAAACUUAAAGUCAAAGAGCUUUCGGUGAUUGAUGGUCGGAGAGCCCAGAACUGCAACAUUCUCCUAUCAAGGUUGAAAUUAUCCAAUGAUGAAAUUAAACGGGCAAUUCUAACCAUGGAUGAACAGGAAGAUCUGCCCAAGGACAUGUUGGAACAGCUCUUGAAAUUUGUUCCUGAAAAAAGUGACAUUGACCUGUUGGAGGAGCAUAAACAUGAACUGGAUCGGAUGGCCAAGGCUGAUCGGUUCCUUUUUGAGAUGAGCCGAAUUAAUCACUAUCAACAAAGGUUGCAGUCGCUGUACUUCAAAAAGAAGUUUGCCGAGCGUGUGGCAGAGGUGAAACCUAAAGUGGAAGCAAUUCGUUCUGGUUCUGAAGAGGUGUUUAAGAGCAGUGCCCUCAAGCAGUUGCUAGAGGUGGUUUUGGCUUUUGGAAAUUAUAUGAAUAAAGGCCAAAGAGGGAAUGCCUACGGAUUCAAGAUAUCCAGCCUAAACAAGAUUGCUGACACAAAAUCGAGUAUUGACAAGAACAUUACCCUUUUGCACUAUCUGAUAACUAUUGUGGAAAAUAAGUACCCUAAGGUUCUCAAUCUAAAUGACGAAUUGCGGGAUAUUCCUCAAGCAGCGAAAGUCAACAUGACUGAGUUGGACAAAGAAAUAAGUACCUUGAGGAGUGGCUUGAAAGCAGUAGAGACAGAGCUGGAAUAUCAGAAGUCUCAACCACCACAGCCUGGAGAUAAGUUUGUGUCCGUUGUCAGCCAGUUUAUCACGGUAGCCAGCUUCAGCUUCUCUGACGUUGAAGAUCUUCUAGCAGAAGCUAAAGACCUGUUUACAAAAGCAGUAAAGCACUUUGGGGAAGAGGCUGGCAAAAUACAGCCAGAUGAGUUCUUUGGCAUUUUUGAUCAGUUUCUUCAAGCUGUGUCAGAAGCCAAACAAGAGAAUGAAAACAUGAGAAAGAAGAAGGAGGAUUUUUUAGAGCGUCGAGCUCGCAUGGAAGCUCAGCUCAAAGAACAACGUGAAAGGGAACGUAAAAUGAGAAAGGCAAAAGAGAAUAGUGAAGAAAGCGGGGAGUUUGAUGACCUCGUUUCCGCUUUACGCUCAGGAGAGGUGUUUGACAAAGACCUUUCCAAACUGAAACGGAAUCGCAAGCGCAUCACCAACCAGUUGACAGACAGCAGCCGAGAGAGACCAGUCACGAAACUUAAUUUCUAAUUUUCCUUGAAUACUUUUUCACGAAGCUGAUGAGCCACCCUUUGAAGUGACUAGAAGGUUUCAUCACACUGCCUUGCAAUCCGAACAGUGGCAAUUUCUUCUUCCAUCUGUGAGUGGGUGCGUGAAUGUGCGUGUAUGUAAAUGUAUGUGUAUAUAUAUUAAAAAAAAUGUAUAUAGAAGUCUGAGUGCUGUCUGCAGAUCUAUCUGUAUGUUUAACAUAUUUUAUGUUGAUGUAUGUGCUCAGAAGCCCUUCGCGUAUGCAUUCAUAUUGAGUGUGGCUCAUUUUCUUCCCCUGGACACCGUGACUGUUCAGAAGCACAAUAGUAUCUCCUGAAAGAGAUGACAGAGACAUUCCCUUGAGUAAAAUUUAAAAACAACAACAACAAAAAACUUUUAAAAGGAAAAAAAAAGAAAAAGGCUUGAGAAAUAUUUUAGGGUUUCCAAGCUUGGUAUACUUUGGAAUUAUUUUCAUUGGUGGAACUGGAGUUGGGAAAAUACAGACUGAAAAUGGUUUGGAUAGUUGACAGUGUGAUGCUGGUGCCGCGCAUCAGUAAUUCAUAGGACCAGCUUAGGAUUUCUGGUGUUGGUGUGGGGAUAUGGUCUGUCCAUGUUUAUGGAGAACUUCUUGCACACGAUUUGGGUUAUGUAGAAUGUCAACCAGAAGUUUUGUAUAUAUUUUGAACACUGAUGUUUUUUUUCUCCCUAAUUUCAUCAAGUUCUCAGUCAAGUACUCUUGAUGAUUUCUUUACAUUGCUUUUAGAAAGAACACUAUCUAAAUGCAAUCCGCGUUCUUAUUAAGGAACGAAAUUGUCAAAUUGUGCUUGUUGUCCUAACAAUAUAGAUAUAUAAACUUUAAAAAUAUAAUUCCCACCCAAGAUUUAAAGGAAGCAUUUUUUGAAGGGAUAAAGAUUAUUGGAAAAAAAAUUUUUUUUAAUGGGGUGCCUUUUUUUGGUAUUUUCUAUUUUCUGUUUUGUAGGACAAGCUGCAUCUUCUGUAAAUAUAGGUCUGGCCACUUUGAUAAUGCACAAAAAUGUCAACCACGUCAACAGAGAUGCCCAGAUCUGUUUAUCUCUAAGUAUAUUUGAAGUGGUUCGCUGUUUAUACGUUGUCAUUUUAAGUUGUAUGUCAGUAAAGCUACCUGUAAAAUUUCAGUCCAAACAAAUAAAGCUCUCAGGGAGAAAUGAAUAAAAACAAUGAACAUUAGAAAAUAAAAUAUAGAUACUUACCAUUAAUCUACCAACUCUUAAUAUCUUUAAAUUAUAAGAUAUAUAUAAAAAAGGACUGUUACUUUUCUUCUGUUUUUUUUUUUUUUUUUUUUUUGCUUUGCUUUAUUUAUUUGUAGUUGGGGAGGGGGACUAAAGUUUUCUUUUAUUCUUUCCAUCAGUCCUAUUGUGGUUGGGUUUCCUGUGGAGAGAGUAGUUUGUCCUGUUGCACUAGAACAUUAUUUACAUGCUAAAUUGAGUUUUUCCUGUCAAUUAACAAAUAUUUAUUAAGCAUCUACUGUGUACCAGGCAUAGUAGGACUACAGUGGUAAGCAAGACAGAAUCCCUCCCCUCAAGAGCUUACGUUCUGAUUAUUAUGGGGAUAUUAUGGGAUGAAGACUACCAAUGUACGCGCUGUACAGGAAUCGUACUAUUAAAAGUGAUUUGUAUAAACUAUAAUGCUUAGUGCAGAUGGCGAGGUAUCUGUGCUAUGUGAAAGCUGUGAAAUAGUACUCUAGGAGUUGUCAAGAGCUGUGGUUUUACAUUUUUUUCCUUAUUCCAAACUUAGCAACUUGCUAUGUAUUAUAUGGAAAUUAAUGAUGCCAGUAAAUAAAACAGUUGUAAGUACAAAGCAGAGGUCAUUCCCCCCACCCAUGUUACCCAAGGUCUGCAAAUACACCAUGUAGAAGGUCCAGACAGAGACCAGAAUCAAAAAGGCUGGGAGAUGAGGACAAGGGGACAUGCUGAUGAUUCUGUCUGUUCCUUAACUAAAGUGCCUCUAUGUGUAUUCUUUUCUAUUUAUAGCAGGAGAAAUUUGAUCUGGCUCCAUUUUGGAACUGUGUUUUGGAAAUGGCUUUGUCUUACAGUUCAAGGAACAGGACAAGUGAAGAGAGAGUCACCUUAAGGAGCAAGUUGGUAUAGCAUGUCCCUUUUGCCCUUUUUAAUUUUGCCCUCAUUUCGAUAUGGCCAUCCUGGUGGGCCUCUUUUGCCAUUUCCAUUUUUAGUUUUUUUCCCCCAAAACUGUGUGCAGGUAAUUCCACGUGCCAUUGUUAAAGAAAAAAAAAAACAACUACUUUUUAGAUUGGUGCUGGUGUAAGUAGUCACUUUUCUCUCUUGGGUGUGUAUUUUAAAGUUUUUGUUUGUUUUUAAAUUAAUGCCAAAAAGAAAAAGCAUUAUAAUUUGUAAACUUAAUUAUAUGUCUUGUAUCUUAUUAGCUUAGUAGUCAAAGCCACUUAGUCUUUAGGUGCAAGACUGUUGUUAUAGUACCAAGAAGAAAAAAAUGUCGUAUGUGUUACAAGACUGUACAUUUUUUUAAAAAAAUAGCAAUAUGCAAUAAAGAGAUGAAUUCAUUGGGUGUA